AUGGUUGCAUUGCCCUUGUUCAAGCUUGUGUCGUUGUUCGUGCGGCACGUCUCCAAAUAUGGCGCUAACCGCAUCAAGCUCCAAGCUCAUGAACACCCCGGCUUCCGGCAUUUCGCUGCGAGGUACGGCCAGAUGAUUCACCAGCUCAACAUGCGCAUGUCAGUCGCGCUACUACGCAAUACGGACGCCGAGAUCAAGGCCAAAGAGAAGGCCGAGGCGCCUACGGUUAAGACAAAAGAGCAGGUGACGCGCGAGGAAGGGCUGCGCGCCAAGUACGGUACUACUCCCAAGGAAUCUCACCCGGUCCGGGGAGUGCCGGCCGGGAGUAUCUGGAGGCGCAAGUUCAGGGCGCUGCCCGAGGCGAAAGCCGUCGACCUAUUUGCCGACGUCAUUGGUGACGCCUUCAUUCUGGUCGUGGCAGGCACCCUGAUCGUCUACGAAUACUAUCGGUCCUCUCAAAAACCCGACGCGACAGCAGAGAAGCUCAAGGAGCUCGACCAGAGGCUAAAAGAGCUCAAGCAGAGAGAGGAAGAGAUGGCCGAGGCCGAAAGAGAGCAGCGCACUCGGGUCGAGACCAUUGAGGCUGCCCUGAGAGCCUUCAAGGAUCCAAAGACGAAGCAGCCAAUCUUGGCGACUCCAACACCUUGA